CUCUAAAAGGGGCGGUAAAAUCUGCUUUGGGACCCAAGUUCUAUUAACCGUCAGAUGUACAACUGAUGAGUAGCAACCUUUGGAUGAAAAUACAAAAGUGUUAGCAUUCAGACGACUAUUUCCCUUCCUUUCAACGCCGUUCCCAGUGUCUCCGCCCGGUUCCUUUUAUCUCGCCUUUCUUAUUCUCACAUGGCCGCUGCUCCGAUCCCUUCGGUUUAGGGCAAGCCCGACCCUGCAGGCAAUCCGUUGAAGCAAUCAGGCACUGCUGCAUUUAUACUAGAUGAAUAGAAGGAGGGGUUUUCGAUGGCUGUCCAGCGUUAAUGAAACCACUAGGGAGAUAUCUAUGUUAGGUUCAUCAUUCCAUUAUCAUGUUGUGAAGAAACAUCUUUAUGGUAUUCUUGACCCAGCAAAGACUUGCAUUCCUCAUAAUAUUCAAUCUCAAAGAUGUUUGCAAGGACAACUUUUGCGGCAGGAAUGUUUUGGGCAUGGUGGAAUGGUUUCUCAAGAAAGUUUGAUCUCGGGAAGAUAUCUGUUUUGGAGAUUCAACCUACCUUGCUCUUUUGGAGGAAAUUCUCCUUGGUUGAAACAAAGUGGUGCUACGUAUUGCCAUUAUGGAAACACGGAUAACAAUCUGAGUAGAAAAUUUAUUGCAAAGCUUUGGGUUGCAGACAGAAAAAUGCUAAAGGAUAUUGAAAAAAGAAGAAGAAAAGCUAAGCACUUAAAUUAUGUUCUCCAACAUCCAUUAGGAAAAAGCUUUUCAGGCAGCAAAGUUACAGAAGAACAAUCUAAUGAUCGAGCUACACCAAUUUUCAAGCAACCACCAGUUAGCCAAUCUGUGAAAGGUUUUCUACAGCCAACAUCUACAGAGGAGGCUCAAAUUGCACCUCUUCUUGCUAGGUCCAAUUUGCUAAUCACCAGGGAUAUUGAGUGGGCAAAUCUAGUACUUGGUAUUGAGCAGGAGAACCGAUAUGCAAUCGUGGAUGUUUGCUAUCCUCAGUCACCUGUUGGUUUUAUUCGUGAACAGAGUAAUGUCAUUGCUAGACAGUUGCUUCGCUUGAGGCGCCCUUUUGUUGCUUAUAUUACUGAUGCCAUGGGUAAUGAGCUGUUCAGGGUUCAUAGGCCUUUUUGGUGGAUAACCAGCUCAAUUUAUGCAGAAAUUGGCGGUAAGGAAGUUGGUGUGGUUCACAGAAGGUGGCAUCUUUGGAGGAGGGUGUAUGAUUUAUAUUUGGGGAAUAAGCAAUUUGCUGUGGUGGAAAAUCCUGGCCUAUGGAAUUGGACCUUUACUUUGAAGGACAUAGAUGGACAAGUUCUGGCACAAAUAGAUCGUGACUGGAGGGGUUUUGGCUUUGAGAUCUUUACUGAUGCUGGUCAGUAUGUUAUCCGCUUUGGGAGUACUGAUCCCAUCUCAAAGACUGGCCCUGCUAGCAUGAUCCAAGAGUUGGAUGUAACCCGUCCACUGACUCUAUCAGAGCGAGCUAUUACUGUUGCUCUUGCUAUUUCAUUGGAUAAUGAUUACUUCUCAAGGCAUGGUGGCUGGGGAAUCCCUUUUGUGUAUACGGGGGAGUAGAUGUGAGCAAGAACUGGGCGAAGCAAAGCAACUUACUUGUAUGCAGAUUGCACAAGAAUUAACUCAGUAUGAAGUAUGGACCACCUGUUGGAAGUUAAUGCUUUAUUAUUUCAUAAAUGCAAUAUUUGUGAUGUAGCCAUCGUGGGUUUCAUUGCUACCAACAUACUCUUGAAAGCGAUUGCUUUUUUCUGGUUGGCAAGAUUAUUAACAUUAAUAAUAAUAAUAAUAAUAAUAAUAAU